AUGAGCUCGAAGAUGGCCACCAAUGGCCCUCACGCCGCCGGCAUCUUCGCCGACAUGACAGUGGAUGGCCCUGAGAUUGGAACACUGGUUUUGAUCGUAGACCGAGCGAAGAACCUCCCGAAUCGCAAGACGAUGGGCAAGCAGAACCCGUACUGCGCGGCGAGACUAGGCAAAGAAGCACGGAAGACCGAGACAGACAAGCGAGGUGGGCAGACGCCGCGAUGGGACCAGGAACUGCGAUUUACAGUGCACGACUCGCCGGACUACUACACUCUGAAAGUCUCGGUCUUCAGCGAGGACAAGAGGACCGAUCUUAUCGGCGAAGCGUAUGUCAGCCUCAACGAUGUCGUGGUGCCUGGAGGCGGGAAGAGCGAUCAAUGGCAAGGCUUAAACUGCAAGGGCAAAUACGCUGGUGAGAUCAGGAUCGAGAUGACCUACUACGAUACGAGGGAGAAGCCGGACAAGCAGCAUGAGGCAGGCAUGUCCGUUGCGGAUGAGCUGAAGCAGCAGUAUGGCAGCUUGAACACCAAGGUCAAGAGAAGACCGCUGCCAGUCAAUCCAAAUGCGCCGGCUACGCAGGCGGUUGUGAUACCCGACCGAGCUCUCCCCGGACGAGCAAAGCAUGGCCCACGAGACUAUUCGACGCCGGCACGAGCAGCGUCGCUGCCACCGGAAGCACCAAAGACGUUCAACUAUCCGCACUCGCAGGCCACCUUGUUCGGGCAGAAGCCUGUCACGGCACAACCACAGUCAGCAGGGCCAACGCCAGCCGCGGUAGAAUCACAACGCGUGGUAUCAGAAUAUGGCGAGUACGAUCCAAACCUUGGCCCAGAGCUGUACAGCACUUCACCAACCCCGGCACAACCAGACUUCCUCCCUGAGCUGGGGCCGAGCCGAAGACAGCGCUCUCCUCUUCAUCCUCAGGCGAAUUAUGCGCAACGACAGUUGCCUCCUCAACAACAUGCCAGACCGCCGGCUUUGCAACACGCCAAUUCUGCCCCGGCCGUUCCAGAAACCCACGGGUACGAGGACAACUCGCUGUUGAGGACCGACUAUCCUGAAGCGAUACCUGAUCUCGAUCAUCAGUACCAGCAGGUUCGUCAGCGUAGGAAUGACGUACCACCGGGAUGGGAGAAUGAGUAUGGAAGUCCUCAAGCUGCCAGACAGCCGUAUGUCGAAGACGACUUCGAACCGUCGCCGCCUCCUCCGCCACCACCAAUGCACAGCCACAGCUCUCCGGCAGUACCACAUUACAACUCGCCUCACAGCCAAGCACAUCCACCAGCAAGGGGGUACGGCACUACGCCUCCGGCUAGACGACAAGAGUAUGUCCCAAGCUCGUCGCCCCGACAAAGUAUCGAGCGUGAUUACGGGCCACAACAAACACCUCCUAGUCUAAGUAUUGGUCGUCCCAGACGUGGCCAGUCCUUCGACGAGUACGGCGAUUCGCCAUAUCAAGCGAGCUAUGGCUCUACUCCCAAUCUGAUGUCGCCGCAGCAAACGCCACCGCCUGGAAGGACACCACCAUAUGGUAGACAGCAUCCAGGAAGGCACAGUGUUACUGAUUUGUACAGUACACCUUCACGGCCACAUCCUCUGUCUCAGGAAGUAUCGCGGGCCCGGAGCCCCAAUCCUUACGCACAGAGCGCACCUCGGUCUCGAAGCCCAAAUCCGUACGCCCAGGAAAGUGCCGAUCCAUCGCCGUACCAGAAUGGCUAUCGAGGUAGAGAGCUGGCGCCGCUCGCAAGGCCGCGAGCCGCAUCUCCACAACCGCCAGCACAGCAUACGCCCGACUCAAGGCCUAAGAGUUCUUACAGCAUCCAGCAUCCGGUGCGAGCAUUCGAGUCCGCAGAUGCUAGCCCGCUAUCGACAUCACAGCUGGGAUCAGGCAGAGCAUUUCCAGCCCGGAAGUCAGUCUCGCCUCGACCCUCCAUGUCAGAAGGGAGCCGUUCUGCCAUACCCUUUUCUCCAGAUGACUUUGGUGCCAAUGGGGCUUCGCAGCAGCCUGGUGGCUCUUCUCCGACUCGCAACGGACCUAUCGUUGGCUGGCAUGGUCAGGAGAUAGAUCCAUCUGACCAUCUUCCAGUAGAAGCGUGGGCGCCUGAGCCGGAGCCCAAAGUACCGAACAGGACAUAUGGACUUGGUCGCGACAGAGACUUUGGACCCAGGGGACAAGGUAUCAUGACUACUGGAGGCCGAAUGUCAAAAGACACCAUGGUCAACGUUCGGCCCAGACAACAGUCAGCACCACCAGAGCCAGUACCCGAGCCGCAGCCAUCCAAGAUCAGAGCGCGAUUGGUCAAGAAGAGCGCGCCGCCAAUGGAACCUUUACGAGAUCAUGCCAACUUCAAUUCUGUUCCAAACUCAUACGAGCAGCAAAACUAUUCACGAGGAUUCCGUGAUCGCAGCCCUGGACCUGUCGACGAUCGAAUGGCUUAUGAGAACGCAUAUGGACCACCUUCCAUUCCGCCCAAAGUACCUUUGCAGCAGCCAGACUACGGACCUGACGCGCUGUCGAGAGAGCUUUCUACUAUCGAUAUUGGCACGGGGAGAAGGCAAUCCCCAGCUUCAUACGUGCCUGUUAGGAGUCAUCGGGAUAGAAACAGCUACUAUUAG